AUGUCUCCGGAUACUAUAAGGAAUGUCAUUGGUAUCAUUGGAAACGUCAUCUCCUUCGGCUUGUUUCUAUCUCCUUUGCCGACGUUCGUCCAAAUAUGGAAGAAACGUUCGGUGGAGCAGUUCAAACCCGACCCGUACUUGACAUCAGCGGUGAACUGCAUGGCGUGGGUGGUUUACGGGCUGCCCAUGAUCAACCCGAACGGGCUCCUGGUCCUGACCACCAACGGGGUCGGCACCUUCAUCUCCUUCAUCUACAUAGCCAUCUUCGUCCUCUACUCCUCCGACAACAAAAAACGGGUCAAGAUCUUGACCAUCCUCCUCGUCGAGAUUUGCUUCAUUGUUCUCCUCCUCCUCCUGGUCGUCUUCCUGGUUCCCACCGUCUCCAAACGAACCUUGAUCGUCGGAGUUGUCGCCGUCGUGCUGUGCGUCAUCAACUAUGGUGCUCCUCUGUCUGUCUUGAAAAUGGUGAUUGAGACGAGGAGCGUGGAGUACAUGCCGUUUUUCCUGUCCUUGGCUUGCUUUGCCAAUGGUGCUAUUUGGACUGCUUAUGCUCUCAUCCGGAUCGAAAUCUUCCUCGUGAUUCCGAACGGGAGUGGCGCGUUGCUGGGACUGGUGCAGCUGAUUCUGUAUGCCACUUUCUACAAGUCCACGCAGAGGCAGAUAGCAGAGAGGCGAGCAGCUGAAGGGAAGGGCGCAGAGGUCGAUCUGUCGGAGGUUGUCGUGGACAGAGAUUCUGCAGCUAAGAAAACGAACAAGGUUCCCAACAGCCAUGGCAGGUCUUAA